AUGGGUCAGUACAACCGAACACAGUGUGUUGUAGAUAUGGAUCAGUACAAAGUGUCACUGUGUAUUGUAGAUGUAGAUCAGUAUAGAUUGCCACAGAGUAUUGUAGAUGUGAAUCAGUACAAAGUGUCACAAUGUGUUGCAUAUAUGGGUCAGUACGGAGUGCCGCAGUGUAUUGUAGAUGUGGAUCAAUGUGGACCAGUACAAAGUGUCACAUUUAUUGUAGAUGUGGAUAACUACAGAGUGCCAGAGUAUAUUGUAGAUGUCAAUGAGUACAGAGUGUCACAGUGUGUUGUAGAUAUGGGUCAGUACAACCUGACACAGUGUGUUGUAAAUAAGGGUCAGUACAACCGAACACAGUGUGUUGUAGAUAAGGAUGUAGAUCAGUAUAGAUUGCCACAGAGUAUUGUAGAUGUGAAUCAGUACAAAGUGUCACAAUGUGUUGCAUAUAUGGGUCAGUACGGAGUGCCGCAGUGUAUUGUAGAUGUGGAUCAAUGUGGACCAGUACAAAGUGUCACAUUUAUUGUAGAUGUGGAUAACUACAGAGUGCCAGAGUAUAUUGUAGAUGUCAAUGAGUACAGAGUGUCACAGUGUAUCGUAGAUAUGGGUCGGGAGCAAUCUUAUGGUACCACAAGAAAAAAUGAAAAACUUUAUCUUAAAGGACAUAUUGGACAAUCCUUUCUAACAACAGCUGCUGAUCUAAAACAAACAUACAUCGUAUACGACUGUAGCAAGGCCAACAGCGGUGUUUGUGGUGGUUGGUCUGACCGACUUUCAGGAAUUCUUUCUACCCUGAUCAUGGCUCUUCUUACCAAUCGACGUUUUCUGAUCAACCAUGAUAAACCAUGCCCUCUAGAAGAUUAUCUAAUCCCCGCUCAUUUCGAUUGGCGUUUUAACCGAUCAAUUCUUCUCAACAGAACGAAAUCUUAUCAAGAUCUUAGCGCACGUAAAUCUGAAAAACUAAGGAAAUAUUUGAACGGAAGUCUUGACAUCAACAAUUACUUUCACGAUGAUGUUAGCUUUCUUCGUGUAAACUGGGAUUUUACAGUUGAAUUUAGAAAAAGACCAAAUAUAGGAAAUGAAGUUGCUUGGGUUACAAAAUUACAUUAUGCCGAUAUGUAUAAGGAGCUGUUUCAUUUCUUCUUCAAACCAUCACCUCUUCUUGGCAAUGCAUUAAACGAGCUACAGAAAAAAUAUCGGAAAAGACCAAAGAUAGCUUGUGCUCAUAUACGUGUAGGAGGAAAUAAAAACAUGCCGUACGACGACCGACGAUCUAAAAUUCCAACCGAUGUUGUAUGGAAAUAUUUUGAUAAAUUGAACAAAUCGGAAUAUGACUUCUUCAUUGCAUCAGACGCAAAUGAAAUGAAGAAUGUAGCGAAGAACCGUUAUCCUAAGAACAUAAUUGACACUCCAGGAAAAAUUACACAUAUUGAUCAAAAGGGUAGAAAUGAUCCACGCGAGGGAUUUCUGAAACAGUUCUUAGAUUUCUUCACAUUAGUGAAGUGCGAUGCUCUUAUUCUUACGAAUAGCGGAUUCGGUACAUUUGCAGCGUACCUGCGGGAAACAGAUUCUGAUUUGUAUUGUUUAAAAGGAGAACAUUUAAGGCCUUGUUCUAGAUACACGGUCGAAAAAGCCUUUCCGGGAGUAUUUUUAGCACCUUUUCGAUAG